AUGGCCAAAACUGUCUUCCAAUUGACAGGUGCAAGAGGAAGACUGAUCGACAAAUUGUCAGAUGAAGCACAAAUCAAGAUGACUUUGGCGAGUUCAGCAUUCAAAUCUGUGACAGAGAAGUUCCUCAGUGGAGAGAUCCAAAAUAAAACUUUACACCAAAUACUCCAGAGAAAACGAGAAUUUGUUGACUUGCUGAAGAUAGAUGGUCUCUGUGAUGAUGGUCGUUGUAAAGAUGACAGAAACAUGAGAAUGUUGCUGAGACUAAGAAAAGAUGAAGCGGAAGCUGUCUAUAGAGAUAAGGAGAUGGUCAAGGAUCUUCUACAAAUCUGCCAGGAGCUUCCACAACAUGUCAGAGUUGACUUCAAGGGAUUGGAUGAAAAACUUCAUCAGAACAUUGAGAUGAUGAAUCUGAAUGAAUUCAUGAAGGUUCACACGCUUGAUGGACAGACCUCUCAGGCAAUGGCGCAGGUCACUUAUUUCAACCUUUGUGAUAUCACCCGUCAAAUGGCUUCAGAACUGCAGGCCGUUAAAGACAGUGCAAUCUUCAAAAUGUGCUGGAUGAACCAAGUGGAAGAGUUGUCAAGAGACCAACCUGAUACAGAUGACACUGAACAUCUAAGGAACACAGAGGAAAUCUACACUCUCGACCUGGUCUACAGCAAAAUAUUCCAGAGCUGCUAUAGCAAGUAUAAAGGGCUUUAUGAUGGUCUUAAGAGUGGGGAACUGUUACUGGAGGAAAUAGACAGCAUCUUUGAAGACUAUAAAGGAAAUCACAAAGACUUGCAUAAAGAAUUAGACAUCAUGUGCGCAACAGAUCCGUCUGAUAACAGGAAAUGGAUCAGAGGAAGGAUUCAGCAGAUUCAACAGUACCAUGAACUUCAUCUCGCAAUGGAAUCUGCCAAAAUCAUCAUGGAUGUCAGGAACACAAUAUGUCCAGAAGGAGACUUCAGCAUACUGGAGAAACUGCUGCAAAUGAAUCAAGCAGACUUUAAGAAAAACAAACUGAAUUGCAUCGAUGAUACCUUCAUAAAGGCCAAACAGAUUCUGAUGGACAUUACAAAUGAUCGCAGGGAAUGUCUUCAGAAACUGAGUCACAGCCUAGAGUUCGUCCAGUGGGUUAAAAAAGAACUUGAAGAUAUCAAUGAGCUGAAAGUUUUUGUUGACCUGGCAUCCAUCUCUGCUGGAGAAAAUGACCUUGAUGUGGAUCGAGUGGCCUGUUUCCAUGAUGCUGUCCUUGGUUACUCAUCCAUGUUGUAUGGAUUGAAGCCGGACUCUGAUUUUGAGGCAUUCAAGGAGUCAUUGUCAAAAUUGUGGAAAGCACUUGAAAAUGACAGAAAUAUACCAACAAAGCUGCGGGAUACAGCACGGCAUUUGGAAUGGUUAAAGACUGUAAAGGUAAGCCAUGGAUCUGUAGAAUUUUCAUCGCUGUCCCUGGCUACAUCAAUCAACGAGAAAGGGAUAUACAUCAUCAAGGCCCCAAACCAGAAAAAGCUUGCUUUGGAGACUUCCCUAAUGCUGCAACUUCAGGAUGGACAUGAGAAAAACAUGACAUGCACCUAUGAGGACCUGAAAGAGUUGCAAAAUAAGCUUAUGCUCAUGUCUGGAAGAGGGGAACAAAAUCAGACUGAAGUCGAAUGCUUUGCUGAGGUGUUCGACAAUGUCCAAAGACUUGCCAGAGUAUUUGUAGACCUUUAUUCUGCAGGAAACCCACUCUUCAGAUGUUGGGAAGCUAAGAUUUAUUGCAAAACUCAGAGUGACCCAUGCAUCAUUAUGGAAAUCAACUUUUGCAAGACCCUGCAUCACAUCCAAGUUUGUGGAAGUCUAGUUGAACAACUUACAGCACUGUCCCAGAAGAUGGAGUUGUUUCUCGAUGACUGGAGGAACUUCAUGGACCAACAGAGAUCUGAUCACUACUACUUAAACUACUUUACAGCAGAACAAAUAUUCUACUUGUGCAGUGUUCUCACUCCAACAGAUGUUAAUGCAGAAAUAGAGGACAGUGCUUUGAUGAUGUUCUCUUUUAUCAAACCAAACUGCACAACAACAGAUGUCUGGAGCACAUGGAGAAGGUUUCACAACCAAUUUGAACCUGGCAAAAGGACUAAUGAAGAUGUUUACUUUCAAAGUCACUUUCUCCAUCAGGGUGACAGCCAUAUGUCUUCAGCUAAUGUGAGUCACUUUACAGCCAAUGAUCCAGCAGACAAGGCAGACCAGACUGUUGGUUUGAAAGAACUGGAAGAGUUGUGGAAUAGAUACAUGAAGAAUGAGGGAAUAUUUUUUCAUGACCUUUUGGACAUAAGGAGUUUAGGGGGUUUGUUAAAAAUGAUGACUGUCACAGAAAACCAAAAUGAAAAUAAUUGGGAAGAACCAAUACUUUCAGAGACUGAAGACAAUUCACUCAGAAGAAGUCUUCCAAAAGGCCUCUCCCCAAACCAACCUAAUCUCAUAAUCUGCCCACACGAUGAGGUCCUGGCUUCAAGUAUCUGCUUGUACAUGACCAACUACUAUCAGCAACUACCAAGUUAUGAUGAGGUUCUUUUGUGUACGCCUGCAACUUGUUAUGAGCAGGUUGAGCUUUUCCUGAGGAGAUGUCUCACACCAGGGGACAUUGGCCAGAAGAUUUACACAAUGCUUUGGGCAGACCAACUAACCUAUGAUGUUAGCUGUGCGAUGGAGAAGUGUUUUCAGAAACUGUGUUCCAAGUUUAAACACCAUUACAUGCUAGUGAUCUAUUGUAGCUCUGACAGAGAGCACACUUACAUUCCUACUGCAUUCAGUCAGUUCAAAAGAGACUUUGUGCCACAAGAGCCAUUGGAAAGCAUGCAGACGUACUUGUCCAGGCAUUACACUCUCACCUCAGAUCACAAGAAUGCUGUGUUCAAAGGUGGCCAUUCUGUUGGCAUUGUUGCUUCCCGACGGGCAGGAGUAGGCAAGUCAUUGUAUGUCAAAAGAUUGUAUGAAAAGCUGGAAGGAAGUGUUGAACAAGGAACUGCAUUUAAGAAGUGCAUCCGAUUAACUGAACAUGAGGUGAAUGACCAAAAGGUUCUCCAGUCUUUGUACGAAACACCAAAGCAAAAAGAUCUCAAGGUGUUUCACUUUGAUGUCACAUCCUCGGUGCAAAAAGGCUUGAAUGAAUUCCUAUUCAAGCUUUUCUUUUUGCGGUACCUGAUGGAUUCAGAUGGACAGAUGUGGCGCUGCAGCCACAAACACUUAUACAUUAUUGAGUUACUGGAAUCCACACAUCAUCAGCCCAGAUAUGCCUCCAGAUCUGGACGAAAGGAAAACUUUGCAUUCUCAGACGUUUUCCCUAAGGUGUAUUGUCAUCCACCAAAGGAGGUUAUGGCUUUGGAAAUGAGGAGAGAGGAAAAUGCUGAUAUGGAGAGUGACGACCCCCUCAUGGAUGAUGAAUGUUUCAUGAGUGAAACUUAUCAAAGACCAUACCAGUACCUCACACGUUUUUACAACAAUGACAAUCUUGACAACUUCACAUACCGGGGCAAUGAAGGGACUCAUGCAAAGUGUCUUCAGAUACUCUUAAUCUACUGUGGCAUUAUAGAUCCAUCAUGGGCAGAGCUGCGUAACUUUGUCUGGUUUCUUAAUCUUCAGUUAAAAGACUGUGAGGAAUCAGACUUCUGCAAAUUUGAGUUUGUUGGAGACACUCUUCGUGGGUUCAAAAACUUUGUGGUUGAGUUCAUGAUCUUGAUGUCCAAAGACUUUGCAACCCCAUCACUAUGCAUCACUGACCAGAGCCCAGGGAGGCAACAAAUUGACAUUAGUGGGCUAAAUGAAAGAGACUUAGCUCCAUUCCUCGUUAGAAAAAGGUGGGAAUCUGAACCACAUCCGUACAUCUUUUUUAAUGAUGACCACAUGUCGAUGACUUUCAUUGGGUUUCACCUUGAGCUCAAUGAGCAGAAUGGGGUUGAUGCCAUAAAUCCCUUGACAAGGGAAGUGAUUAAGAGAAACAUCAUGACCCAAGAGCUGUACACUGGCUUAAGACUUCAGAGAGUCCCUUUUAAUAGGGACUUUGAUCAGCUUCCUCGAGCUGACAAGAUUGAGCAUCUGUGUAGUGUGCUUGGCAUUAAGUGGCCAAUAGAUCCUGAUGAAACAUAUGAACUGACCACCGAUAAUAUUCUCAAAAUGAUGGCAAUCCAUAUGAGGUUUAGGUGUGGCAUCCCGGUCAUCAUAAUGGGUGAGACAGGAUGCGGUAAGACAAGGCUCAUUAAGUUCAUGUGUGAAUUGAGAAGGUGCGGAGCACCCGCAGAAAACAUGAAACUGGUCAAGGUUCAUGGAGGAACUACAUCAGAAAUGAUACAUGAAAAGGUGAAGGAAGCAGAAACUCUUGCAAGAACCAAUAAAGAGAAUCAUGAAUUUGAUUCAGUUCUUUUCUUUGACGAGGCAAACACCACGGAAGCCAUCAGCAGCAUCAAGGAAAUUGUUUGUGACAACUCUGUGCAGGGACAACAACUCGGCUCUCAAACAGGACUACAGAUUGUUGCUGCGUGCAACCCCUACAGGAAGCAUACAGACAAGAUGAUUGAAAGGCUUGAAGCAUCUGGAUUGGGCUACCGGGUCAGGGCUGAGGAGACUGACGACAGACUUGGCUCCAUCCCUCUUCGCCAGCUUGUGUAUCGUGUUCAUGUGUUACCUCCCAGCAUGAUUCCUCUCGUAUGGGACUUUGGGCAGCUCAAUGACUCAACAGAGCAAAUGUACAUUGAACAAAUAGUGCAAAGACAGGCGAAGGCCAACUUGAUUGACGCGCAUUAUAUUCCAACUAUAACUAAGGUUUUGUCAGAAUCACAAAAGUUCAUGAGGAAGAGGAAAGAUGAAUGCAGCUUUGUCAGUUUGAGGGAUGUUGAACGUUGCAUGCAGGUGUUUGUGUGGUUCCACAAAAAUCAUCCCAUGUUUGCUAGGGAACUGAAAAAGUUCCUUCAAGAGCAAAAUCAGAGGAAGAAAAAUGCAAACAGGUUUCAACCUGCCAGUGACAAAGUAAUCUGGUCACUCUUGAUGGCCACUGGAGUGUGUUAUCAGUCCUGCUUGGAAGACAAAGAGUUAUAUCAGAGCACUGUCAGUCAGUUGCUUCCUCAUGAAUACAACACAAAAAGAUUACUGCAGGAAAUCCAACUCAUGCAGGACCUCCUACUCAAUGGUGUACCCAUGGGUAAGACAAUAGCCAGAAACGAGGCAUUGAAAGAAAAUUUCUUCAUGAUGGUGAUUUGUGUUGAGCUAAGAAUUCCUUUGUUUAUUGUUGGGAAGCCAGGGAGCUCCAAAUCACUGUCCAAAACCCUAGUUGCAGAUGCAAUGCAGGGCCCUGCCUCACAUUCUGAACUCUACAAGAACCUGAAGCAGAUACAUCUGGUGUCUUUCCAGUGCAGCCCUCAUUCCACUCCUGAAGGAAUCAUCAACACAUUCAAACAGUGUGCCCGCUUUCAGGAAAGCAAAAACUUGGAUGAAUACAUUUCAGUAGUUGUUCUGGAUGAAAUUGGAUUGGCUGAAGAUUCCCCUAAAAUGCCACUGAAAACACUUCACCCAUUACUGGAAGAGGGCUGUGUUGAUGAUGAGCCACAACCCCAUAAAAGGGUUGGGUUCAUUGGAAUUUCCAACUGGGCACUAGACCCUGCCAAGAUGAAUCGUGGAAUUUUUGUGUCCCGCGGAGAUCUAAAUGAGAAAGAGCUCAUCAAAAGUGCUAAAGGGAUAUGCUCGUCCGAUGAAAAGGUUCUUGAAAAGAUCAGACACCUCUUUGAGCCUUUUGCAAAAGCAUAUAUGACCGUAUGCAAAGAAGGCAGGGGUUUUUUUGGACUGCGGGAUUUCUACAGUCUGAUAAAGAUGGUAUUUUCAAUUACCAAAAUCACUAAUGAGAGACCCACUGCAGAUGAAAUCACUGGUGCAGUCCUGAGAAACUUCAGUGGAAAAGAUGAUGUAGAUGUGAUGGCCAUAUUCUGCGAAAAACUCAGAGAUGACUUUGCAAAUGCCAGCAUCACCACCAAUGAUUUGGUCAAUCAAAGCAUCUCUCCAGCUUGCCAAGUGGACCAAAGUCGUUACCUCUUGAUCCUGACAAAAAACUAUGCAGCUCUUCAAAUUCUCCAACAGAUAUUUUUCUCUCACAAAAUCCAUCCAGAGAUCAUCUUUGGGUCCAGUUUCCCAAAGGAUCAGGAAUACACUCAGAUUUGUAGGAACAUCAAUCGUGUCAAGGUUUGCAUGGAAACUGGACAGACAGUUGUAUUGCUGAACCUUCAGAAUCUGUACGAAAGUCUGUAUGAUGCUCUCAACCAAUACUAUGUGACCCUAGGAGGUCAAAAGUAUGUUGAUCUUGGAUUAGGAACACAUCGUGUGAAAUGCAGAGUUCACAAAACCUUCAGACUAAUAGUCAUUGAAGAGAAAGAGGUGGUCUAUAAGCAGUUUCCAAUCCCACUGAUUAACAGGUUGGAAAAACACUACCUUGACAUCAACACUGUUCUUAGAAAUGAGCGGAAGGACACUGCCAGACAACUACACGAAUGGGUUGAUAGUUUUGUUUCCUUAAGUAGUCAACACUCCAUAACAAAGCAAUAUGUUCCAAGUGAUGUCUUCAUCGGCUACCACUCUGACACAUGCUCCUCCGUGGUCUUGCAAGUAACAGAGAAUCAAAGUGCUGAAACAGAUGCUCAAACCAUUCUGGACAAAGCCAAAGACAUUCUGCUCAACUGUGCCACUCCAGACUCAGUUGUUCGUCUGGACAAAUCCAGACUUCCUGAUGAAGAAAGAGAACAUUUGAUGAAAGAAUAUGUAAAAGAGGAGAUGCACAGUUCAUUGGGAGACUACAUUAUCUAUCACACCCAGAAGGAACAGUCCUGCUUCUUCUUCACUGAGGUCACAACAUUUUCCAGGCUACUGACUGCAGCAGACACUCAUCAAUUGCAGAAUGUAACCAAACUUGAUGUCAGGCUGCUAUCACUGCAGCAGUUUGACACAGAGUACUCUUUCCUCAAGAAAAUCAGGGAAUUUCUUGGCUCAACACCUGCAGACAAAGUGCUCAUUAUCCAAACUGACUAUGUUGAAGACUCCCACAGCAGGAAUAUUCUUUCCUCAGCCAAGUAUUCAUGCAUCAACGAAAUAAACAAGUGGGACACUGCUGACAACAAACACACAAAACCAAAGGCAUUUGUGUACUUUGUCACCAAACUUCCUCGAAUCGAGGGUGGGACCUCCUAUGUUGGGUUUCAAGGCGGUCCUUGGAGGUCUGUUCACAUUGAUGAUCUUAGAAGAUCAAAAGAGUUUGUGUUUGAUGUUCAUUCCUUGAAAAAUCUACGCAUAAGUGAUCUUUUUGAAGAUCCUCCUGAGGCCAUGGAGACCGAAGACCACACCAGUGUGCCACAAAAUGAUGACUCUACUGUUUUGGGAGAUUUGUUUGAUACAACAGAUCUGAUGAGGAGCUGUGUGCAGAGUGCAGUGAGUAUGCUCAGAGAUGCAGCAGACAGUGGAGAACUCAGCACUCAUAGAGUUGUGAACCUGCUCACACUUCUGGAUGGAAGUCAGACAGAAGGUGUGUUUAGAAGCAUUGUGAGGAAACGUCUCCACUCACUGUUAAAGGAAUAUGAGGACAACAUCCCCAAUCCAAAAAGCUGGGUUCUGAGGGAGGCAUCUAAUGUCGAUGCUCUUCAAGAGGGGGGAACAUUCUUACACACACUGUGGAGGAAAAUCCAAGCAGUUGUUACUCCACUUCUAGCCAACUUGGUCUCAGUCAUCGACCGAGAUUGCAAUUUGGACCUUCUGCUGAAUGAGUCUGAUGACAUCAGGAGCCUAUGGCUUGAGAUAUUUGCGAGCAAAGAGAUGCUCUGUGUACCUUAUGUGACGAUGGAAAGCAACUCCACUGUCUUCAUGGUUCAAAGUCACAUCACAUUUGGCCACACCAUGCACUGCCUCCUGCCCUUCAGCUGGUGGAUCAAAGACUUCCUGGAUGGGCUCAUGAUGCAAACAUCCAGACAUGAAAUUUGUUCACCUGUACAUUUCCAAGAGUUGUUCUUGAACACUCGUCUUGGCAGUUACAUGGCUAAAAAUUUAAAUAAAAAAAUGAAGAAAGAAUUCUUCGAAAGGUACCUGCAGGAUUUUGUUUCCAUGACCAUGAACAUGGCAUCAGAUGAAGAAUUACAGCUCUUGUGUCUGGCCCUGGGAAGCUGCGUUGAGGAAAUACGCAGACAAAAAAGAGAUGAAACUGAGCUUUCCGUUUCUCACAUCCACAUCGCCUACCAUUUCUACCAAAGUCGUCUUCAGAACCUCUCACGAACGAUAUCCCUUCAGCCUGAGGUUGUUUCUCUUUUGCGAAGAAACCAGCACGUUAGAAAUUGUCCAGAUAUGGUUUUGGAUGUCCAUGCGGCCACAGCAUGCAUUGAAAGUCUGGGGUCUCCUAAUUUAGAUACUGAUGCUCUCUGCCAGCGCUGGCUGAAGCAGGUCAAGAGGCUUCAAGCCUCUUUGGAGUUGAUUUGUUCUCAACAGAACACCAGACAAUAUGGAGGACGAUGCAAAGAAAUAAUCCACGAUGUCAGUAAUGGCUGGAAGCGCAUCUACAUUCUCUCAUUGUUUGUGGAGCACAUGCUGCUGGGUUUCCACCAUGAGGACAAUCAGCUCAGAACACUUGUACUGAAUCAAAUUAAAACCUUAAGCAAGGUUCUGGAGGGAAACUCAGAUGUAAAAUCAAUGAAGGCUUUUCAAGCUGUGAUUAAAGUCCUCAAAGACUGUAAGCAGAGGGCAUGUGAUCAGGCUUUCAGGUUCGGGCUUCAGUGUACGGUGUGCAUGAGGGAGCCACAGGACCCUGUAGGGUUGCCAUGUCAUCACAUUUACUGCUCCACAUGCAUCAGGGCAAGCCUCGAUGCAGGACAGACUUCCUGUUCCAUUUGCAGGCAGGAGUUACCAAAUAACUUUCAGCCACAGGUGUCUGAAGAUAUCAGGGCUUCUAUCAAGAAAAAUGCAGAAUUCAGGCAGCGUUGCAAUGGCUUCUUCAUUGAUCUGCUCUCCACUGUGUGCUUCAAGGACAACACACCACCAGCCAGAGAUGUCAUCAAACACCUGUUGUCCUACCUGAUGGUUGAGACAGAACAUGAACAGAUUUACACCAAAGAUCUGUCGCCUUUUGACGAGUCACCAGAUAAAAAUCCAGUCGUGCGAUCUGUGAUCCUCAAGCUACUGCUGAAGUUCAGCUUUGAUGAAGUCAAGGAAUAUUUGCAGCAGCAUUUGUCAUCAGUGGAAGACAGCAGAUUUGUGGAUGAGGAGGACAAAGCACAGCUUUAUGCCCUGUACAUCAACUGCUUGGAGGACUCCAUGUGGGAGAAAAUGCCUCAGGAAGGCGACAAGGCUGAAGAGUUUAAGGCAUCCUUCAAUAAUGAGAUAAAAUUUAUACACUUCUUUUUGGCUGAAGUCACUUCUGUUCCAGCAACAGUGUCUGUUCAACAUCUGCAGCACAUCGCAAAAUUGCGUCUGUCCCUAACUGUGGCUGCCAAGCUCAUCAGUGACAGUCUGUCUGACUCUAAUGUCCCAGAUGGAGCAGAAGAUUUCCUGAACACGGUGAUUAAGCUCUGUGAGGACAGUGGGAAUGAUUGGUACCGUGUUUACCUGAUCCGCAAGCUCAGCGAAUGGAAGGGUGUUGAGUUUGUCCAGACGCUGGUGAAACAACAAGAGUUUACAUGGCUGUUCCCGAAAGAGAUCCUUCAGCAGAAUGAAGAUGGAGGCCAGAUGGACCAGUUUCUUGUGUAUGGAGAGGAAUACAAGGCGGUGAGGGAUGCAGUUGCCAAGGCAGUGGUGGACGGUGAUGUUGACCAAAUAGAAGAAGCCUGCGAGAAAUGCACUGUGCCACCAAGGAAUCGAACAAUGUUCGUCCUCCUGGCACUUUUCAGAGAGGUUACAACUCUGUAUAAAUCUGCAAAUGCAAGUCUUCAUCCAACCCCUGAGCAAUGCCAAUCAUUUGGAGAUCUCAUCCAGGGCUCAAGGUAUCUGCAUCAAAGAGAAGUAAGAGAUUUUGCUUCAGCCUUGGUUCACAACAGGUUGGGAGCUCUGGCCAUGUCUCCUGGUAAUACGCUUGGAGACAACACUGUCAUUGAGCUGACCAUCCAUCUGGCAGCCGUGCUGCUCACUGGGACUCACCUCCUGGUCAUGCCACUCAAGCAACUUGGUCUGCUUCCUGAAAAUAUGCAGGGGGCAUUUAUACCCACAAUGCCUGAUGACAUGCUAGCUGUUGCCCAGGCAGUCAUACAACAAGACUAUGGGCAGCUCACUUGGUAUAUGUGUCCAAAUAAUCAUCCAUGCUUUGUUGAUGAGUGUGGCCUGCCCAUGCAACGGGGCCGAUGUCUGGAGUGUGGCCAGGAGGUUGGAGGGGACAAUCAUUUAGCCUUGCCUGGAUUCAGACCAAUUCAGCUGCAGCAAGAUCACACAAGGCCUGGGCACAUCCUGGGAGACCCUGAGCGGAGAAACAACCUAGAUGCCCUGGACACCAAAAACAUGUCUCUGACUCCUUUCACUCUAGUCAGGCUGGUUACACAUUUGGCCAUGUUACUGGGAGCCUCAGAAAAGUCCCAGUUUGUCCAGCACAUCAUCCAGCCACCUGUGGAAGAUGUUAGUUUGUUUCUUGCUCUACACAUAAUGAAGGAUCUGGAUCAGCUGUCACAGGCACUGGGAAGAGGAGCUGACGACACUGUUACAACUGUCCACUUGGUGAUCAAAUCCCUGCAUGAGCUAGUGCAGGCCAGUCACUCUGGUAUUGAUCCUUCCCUAACAACCAAAGAGUCCAGAAACACCUGGGAGACUACUGUGGCUGCAGAUAUUAUGACACCUCAGCUGAGGGAUCUUGAUCAACUCCUGCAAGAUGCAAAGGGCAGCAUCAGGACUGACUCCCGUGUUUCUUCCAACUUUAUCAUGAGGACUACCUUCGGUGAUGAUUGCACCUUCCUGACGUCUCUGGCUCAGGGCUCUCAGGUCCACAGCUCAGCGGUUUGGAGCUGCAGAGAGAGGCUGUCAAUGCUCACCCUCACACACAUUGUGGAGCAGCAUGACCAAAAGGAGGAGCUGCCUCUUCUCUGGAGGUUCCUGCAGAAGGAGAGAGAAUUUCGGCAGAUUAAGUUCCUUCCAAACAUCUUAAUCCUGCAGAGACGCUUGGUGAGAAAUUUCCAGAACGCAUCUGACCAGAUUGUGGGCUCCAUCAGAGACUUCAUUGAAGGGCAAAGAGAAAUGAAGACAUGGUAUGACAAACACAUUGACAUCUUCCUGAAAACAUGGAAUCUACUCAAAGAGUCUGUAGCCAGCCAUGAGCUAAAGAUCCCGGAUGAAUUUUGCAGCGAGGAUUUGGACCUGAACAGUGACCUGCAGUACCUCCUGCCCCGGCGGCAGGGUCCAGGCCUGUGUGCCACAGGGCUGGUCAGCUACCUGGUUGCGCUACACAAUGAGCUGGUGAAUGCUGUGGAUAGCCACACCGGAGAGGACAGCAGCAGUUACAAAGUGAGUGUGGCAGAGCUAACGGAGCAGCAUGUGAUCCAGUAUGAGGUGGAGAAAGACCUGCUUCCUCUAGUUUUAUCCAACUGCCAGUACAGCUUGGAGCGUGGCCAUGAGACAAUAUCACAAUAUGACCUGCCCAGGAUCCAGCAGCAGAUCCUCACACGCUUCCUGCAGGGAAAACCCCUCAUCACCCGCACAGGAAUUCCAACCCUGGUCAAAACACAAGAGAGAGACUAUGAAACCAUUUUCAAAGCAGUGAAAGGAAAAGUGCCUCAGGAUGCUUUGUCCUCUCUCAUCCGUAACGCCUUGUCCAGAGUGCUGGACUCUUACAGCGAGGUUUGUGAGGCUCUGAAGAUUGUGGAACUGAUCCUCGGUUUCCUCUCAGUGACUGGUGGUGAUCCCAUGAUGUCGCUGGUCACUUACCUCCAGGACAACCUGAAGAUGGUUGACCACAUCGAUCAUCACAUUUCGCAGGCUCUGAGCAGAUGCAGACUCGGACACUGUGUUUCUCUGUGGCAACUCCUCUCCUCCCUCAAAUCUGAAAAAAUGCUGCAUCUCAAGAGGGAGCCCUUUUCGGGGUAUCCAGCGGAGUACCAGGUGCCGCUGACAGAGGAAGACAAGAUUGAGCUGAAGGGCUUCAUGUCCAGGGGAAACGUGGACCAAUGGCUGCUUGAGAUGCACGAGUUCCUCCUGUUGAAUCUGGGCCGCCUGCGGGCCACUGAGGACUUCAACCCAUCGUGGGGUGUGAAAGAGACUGUGGCUGCCUACAUGGACCGUAAAGAAGUGGAGGUGCCUCUUUACGUAGAAGACAAGUUUCCUGAAGGUCUGAAGCUCUCCAAGAUUGUGGAGACCUGGAAAUACGCCAUCACAGCCAAACAGGAAUGGAUGAUGGAGGGAUGAAUUGGAAGAGUUUAGAGAAUUAGAUUUACCUUUUGUACCUUUUUGCUUUAUUUGGAUCGUGACAGUGAAGAUGAGAGGAUGACAUACAGCAAAGGGCCCAUAUGUGGUAUGUGCUCUACAAAGUGAGCUACCAGGGGGCCCAACAUUUUAAUAUAUAUAAAUCUUUUAAAUAUUUUUCUGUUAUUGAAUUUUGUAUGAAGGAUAACAAACAACUCAAGGCUCUUAAAAACCAAUGAAGCAUACCAAGAAUUAUUAAACCUGAAUGCAGGAAGCUUUGAAUAUAUACAGUUUAUUUAGUGUUAACAUGAGCCAGCUGAUCAUUUACAGUUUAUCAAUAUAGUUGAAAUAAUUAAAAAAGGUGUUUUAUAUUAUUUGUAUUUGUUAUUUGUUUCAGGAUUUAUUUUUAACAUCUUUUGGAUAAAGCUUAUUUUAUUGUUUGACCACCAUUUUAUAGUCAAGAUAAUGAAUCUGCAAGGUGGUGCAAUUAACUUUUUACUUUUAUUAUACGUUUUUUUUUUUUUUUACUUUUUAUUACAAAAAUAUUUUAUCUUAAAAGAAAUCUUUAAAAGAAAUUAUGGUAGAAUUAUCAGACACAUAGCUGAGAAGGUUUGUGUAGAAGAGAUUGGAUAUUGUUUGAUGUCUUUGAUUUAUCUGAUUUAUGUUCUGUUUGUAUCUGAUUUAUGUUUGGGUUUUUUUGUUCAGUCUCAACAUGUUUUAGAUUAUAAGAGGAAAAUGUUGUAUGCCUUUGACAAAUAUAGAUGUUUUUAUUAUCAGUUUCAGGAUUAUUUUUUACAUCUUUUGCAUAAAGUUUAUUUUAUUGUUUGACCACCAUUUUAUAGUCAAGGUAAUGAAUCUGCAGGGUGGUCAUUUAACUUUUUACUUUUAUUACACUUUCUUUUUAUCUUAAAACAAA